AUACUUUAUUAAACAUCCUAUUAUUUCAAACUAUUGCAAACAGUUAAGUGCAAAUUGUACAAAUCAUUUCAGCAAUGAAAGUUACAUUAAUUUUUACAGCCUGCUUUAUGGCAGCAGUUGCAUCUGCUUUGCCUCUUUAUUCUGAAGAUGUUAAUAAGGUUGAUGGAAAAUCAACUUCAAUCGAUUCAAUGGACUAUCUAAAGUUUGAAGAUAUGCCACAGAUGCCGCCAAUGCCACCAAUGCCAGAAAUGCCUACCGUGAACCUUGCAAGGAAAAGCAAAAUGGAUGAUAUGAAGGAAAAAAUGAAAGAGAAGGCAGAAAAGGCGAAAGAAUCGUCAGAAACCGCUAAGACAGCCAGUGCUGGUAUGGCAGAACAGGCAAAGGAAAAAAUGGGCUAAUUUUGAAAUAAUUAAAUAUGAUCGGUUAUUAAAAAAUAAAAUCUUCUUUACACAUG